AGUAUGAUUCAUGAUGGAGAAGAAACAUAAUUAAGACAAUGGAAAACAAAUGCCUAAAGAAGUUGGUCCGAUCUUACAAAGCGGUUAUGUAGGAAGCAUGACUCCAGUGUUGACAGCAGGAAGGAAUGAAUAACCGAAUAGAGUUUAUUUGUCUUUUAUUACUGCGUAUUCGAUAAUAUAUGCAACAUAUAUAUAUAUAUAUCACAGUCACAGACAUUUUAGGCUGUCAAGAGACCUGAAAAUGUUCACGUACAAUCAUAAAAAAAGUUUUUUGACUUGAGUAAACUCUGUCCAGAGUAGAAGCAGAAUCAUGCGACUUUAUUUAUUUUACACAGUUAUAGAGUUAUUUGGACAGAAACAUAUAAAGGAAAGUACUGGUCAGAGGUUUUCAGUUUUUUCUUUGUGUGUCUAACGCUCGAAAUACGUGGAAUUAUCACCUUCAUCUGUGGCUUCAAUGAGUUCUGCAGGACAGUAUAGUAGCAGGUAGUCUUGAGAUGAUGUUCCCUGACGAGACUGACAGUUCAUUACAGACGUCACUUCUCUGGAUGGCAUCCCGAUCCCUGGGGUCAGCACCUGUCAUUACCUCUAUCAUCUGUCAUCAAUUUUGCGCAUCAUCCUCUUUCUCGUCCACGCAACUGAACAUUCCACUGCUGCUGAGCUCGGACACCUGGGGGCUGGUGGCUGAGGAGAUGCUGCUGUACCUGAUGACCCUUGGCCGCUGGAUUUUGCCGCGCGGUCACCUGGACAGAGAAGAGCUCUCCCAGCUUCUCUUCGCCUUUCUCGGCAUGGCCUCGGACAUAAUGGUGAGUCGAGUGUACCGUCUUAAUACUUUGAUUUUCUGUCAGCACAAGCAGGAGCAGGCAGCUACUCUCGUCUCCCUCUUCAUGCAGGACGGUCCAUUUCUAGUGUUGCGGAUGUACGCUGUUGUUGUCUACAAGAUCAUCACCCACAGUAUUGUCUUCUUCGUCUCCAAAAACAUCGUGGUCAUCUGCCUUCUUCUGUACCAAAUCAUCAUUCUGUGUCAUGUCUCCAGAGAGAAUGUGAGUGGAGAUAAGGACGCAGAGCGGAUCGACAGUACAGAUGUAGAGCUUGCGGUGUUCGACAACCCCUUGACCUCUGUCAGCGAUGAGCGACAGACUGAGGAAAGCUCUGUUGAAGAAACCGACAAUAUAAAGCAAGAGUAAGGACCAACAGGUGUUUACAGACAGUAGGACACAACGACCUACACCCCGUGACAUCACCAGUGCACACAAUAACAAUUAUAUUGUGAUAAACAUAAUCAAUCUACACGGACCUCCCUUAAAAACUUGUUAUCGAUGUGGAACGGUGGUGUGUUUAUCUAUUAAUAAAAUUUAAAGUAAAUAAAAGGUAAGCGAAAUGCUUCGGAUAAAAGAUACACCCUAUAAAAUGGUUUUGCUCACAGAGGGCGAAUUUUAUCAAAAUAUUUUCCUUUUUUUGUACGGACACUUGCAUUGUUUAUGUAAUCUAGCUAUCUUUAAAAAACUGAAAGAACUACUUUAUUCUUGUUUAGAGGGACAAGAGUCCGCUCUCACUGACAAACAAUGGUAUGGAGACUCUAAACUUCUUGAUGUGUACUGAAUAAAAUAGUAUAUACAGGUAUAUACAAGGUAAUUGCACAUACACAUCAAAACUAGAGAGUGGAGAGAAUUUUAUCUUAUUAGUGUACAGUUAUAUUACUUUUGGACGGAAAAAGAAAGAGUGUAUACUUGGUUUCUAAAAUAUUUGGUUGAAAUAACUUCUGAGAUUUAAGAGAAAUUCAUUACCUGACUGGUUGUGUUUCAGUCUUGUCUUGUUGAUUCUGAAUUGCAGUAAUUGGGGCUUGGAGGGAGACUGGAAAGUCAAUACCAAUACUCAAUAUUAUUAUUUUUAUUGUCUGUCUUGUGGGGUGGCGGGGAUGUGGGGGUGUCAUGGUGUAACCGUUCUCCCAUGAUUGAUACACCCUGAUUGAUACAGGACUAGCACCAGCAGGUGUCGCGUCCUUCAUUCUUCCCAGCUAGACCAGGGAUGACAUGGCUGUGUCGCCCUCCUCCCGUCAAUUUUGUUUUUCUUUACAUUAUCAUAACUAUGACUUGUCUCGUGACACUGCACUAAUCUCCAGCACGUCAUCGUCCCGUCUCACAUCUGCCUUUACAUCGCCCUCGCCAAUCACCACUGGGCUACCUAUGCACUUAUGUCACUGUCAUGUUAGACAAAUCAGUAACAAAGUUUUGGUCCUGUUUCAAAUCUCAACUGUCUGAUUGUCCAUCAGUAAGUCAGCUUUACGACAUCAUCUCCCCACCAUGGUAGGUGAAGGUGAAGGUCCCUGUCAACAACAAUGAGUCAUCGCCAUCAGAGAUGGUCAUCAUGCAGUUU